AUGCCAGUAAAAACUAAAGGCAAGGUCUAUAAAACGGCAGUACGACCAGCCUUACUGUACGGUAGCGAAGUUUGGGCAAGCAAAAAGACCCAUGAACAGAAGCUACAUACCACCGAAAUGCGUAUGCUGAGAUGGGCAGGAGGAGUAACACUCAAGGACAAAGUAGAAAGUAAAUAUAUAAGAGGAAGCUUUAAAGUUGCACCCAUAACCGACAAAAUAUCAGAAACUAGGCUCAGAUGGUACGGACACGUAAUGCGUAGGCCCGACGAUUAUGUGGUGAAAAAGUGCCUUUCCAUGGCUGCAAGAAAGAGGGGUAGGGGAAGACCCCAAACUACCUGGAUGACGAAGGUCCAAAGGGACAUGAAACGCCUUGGCCUCAGUGACGAAGACGCGAAAACAAGAUCUACAUGGCGCCGCAUGAUAACAAAAGCCGACCCCGCGUAA